CUGGCUCAGACAUGCGCAGUAGAGACGGCUCCAGCCUUGUACUCUUCAAACCAGAAAAAUGGCAAGCGGAACCGGUUGGGAAGUUGUCGGCAAGGGCCCAAAGAAAACUAAAGGCCAGAAUCAGCAGCUUACCAAGGAACAGAAAAAGGUUUUAACCGAGAAUAUGCCGAGAAUUGAAGUUGCUGCUCCUCUUAAGGAAUCGGCUACAAUUUAUGAUGCCUUUGUGGAAAAGGAAAGGAAGAGGCAGGAGAAAAUGAGUGGGAAGGAGCAGGUGAAGCCCAGUGGGGAUGGUGGCAAUAAGAGGUCCAGUCAGAUACCUGUAUCCAAGAAAAAGCAGCAAAAUGGACAUAGACAGCAAGCACCCAUGACUCUGGAUGAGGCUCUGGUUAAGAUUGAUAAGAGUGAGCUUGAGCUGAUUUUGACCAAAGAUCAAGCCACUUUCCCAGAGAACCCCUCUGUCUGGUUGAAAGAUAUUGCAUCUUUCAUCAACCUCAAACUGGAGAAUGUAGAGGAAAAGGACCCUGUGUUUGCAGACCAACCAAAAGAUUACCCUGUCUGCAAGCUACCUAAAAACCUGAGGUCCUUACUGAUGAACACACUAAACCAGUGCUCAAACCAAACAUUGGAAAUUUUCUGGGAUCACUGCAUCCAGUCCAUGGUUGCAGAUAUGGGAAAAGGUCUGUCAACAUUUGGCUACCGUAUCUUCAUUCAACUAAUGGCACAGUCCAAACCUGCCAUUCCGCUGGGGCAACUGAAAAAGAACUUGGAGCUGAUGAAGGGAAACAAGAGCAGAACACUGAGAUGUUUGUCCAUCAUGUGGGCCUUGGGGCAGACUGGACACACUGACUUUAGGUGUGGUCUUAAAGUGUGGUUGGAGCUGAUGAUGCCAAUGACUGGAAUGAAGACACUUGCUGGCUAUGCUGUGGACUACUUGGAGAUGCUUUUCAAGAACCAUAAAGAUUUGAGCUCAGCAUCCAGUGUGAUUGGUUUCAAGGAAUUCUUUCCUGUGCUGGACUUGAUCUACAGUACAGGAACACUACAGGCCCAUCAACAGAGUAGAUUACUGGCCAUCUACCCAAAGAUAAAGACUCUGGCAUUUGGAAAAACUCCUCAAAACAGCCUGAGGCACUUCUUCCCUUCGUUCCUGUCCAGACUAGGGGGAUCCUCCUCCCCAGCUCUGAAAAAAGAGUUGCUGUCUUGCCUGAUCAGCUGUCUGUCUACAGACAAGCAGUGCUAUAGUGUGUGGAUGCAGAUGUACACCAAACAUCUCAGCCAGUCCAGUAUUUUGCUGGAGCACAUCUUGAACAACUGGCCAUUGGUGUCCCGCAGUCUGGAGAAGAAGCUUCUGAAGGAAACAAUCCGAGCCUUCACCAUUACAAAUGAGGAGCUUGCCCAGCAGGGGAAGACAUCAAUGGAGGGAUAUAAAAACCUGCCUGUGGUCUGUAAGCAACUUCUCCAGAAGAUGACAAGCAGUGGUUUCCCAUGGAUGCUUCUCUUCCUCCUCACAUUUGGAAGUUUGGGUGCAGUCAUUGCCUUUGACAUCUACAGCAGUGGGGGGUUUGAAGGUUCAAGAACAGAAGGGAUUUUGAAAAACACUGGGAUAUUGGCCUUUUCUGAGCAAGUUUGGAAUAGGACCCAACUGUAUGCUUCUAAACUGUCACAAUGGUUGUCUGAGAAUGUGCCAUAUUACUGGGCCCAGUUGUGUGCUGUAACAGGACCCUAUUUCAGCCUGCUGUGGGAGAAAAUACAAAUCUUCUGGACAUUCCUGGUGGAUGUGACCAGGUCGCAGCGAGAAUGGCUACAGGUUAAGAUUCCAGAGUUACUUAUUUGGGUGGACACAAAGGUGCCCUGGCUGUGGACAUCUAUAAAGUAUUACUCAAUGCAAGCAUGGCAGUUGCUAUGGUGGCUCUGGGAGCUCUUACUCUCAGGCCUUAUUACAUUUGGAAAGUGGCUACAUGAAAAUGUUUUCACUGGAAGCCUUUCUAUAGAAAACAUACAACAGAGCAUAUCAAGCCUGCUUUUGGCAAUACAACAAUAUAUGAGACAGUUUAUGCAGUGGGUUAUGGCACUGUGGACUGCCAAAACAGAAUAAUCCAUUCCAGCCAACCCUUGAAAUGCCAGUAUUUAUUACUAUUAUCAAAGUCACAUGAUGGACAAUAUCCAGUUCUGAGAUCUGAAAAUAAAAUCCAUGUUAUAUUAGGUUGAUAUUUACGUUCACAUAGUUACUUUGUGUUCGCGUUAUCAGAACACUAGCUGCUGUGGUGUGGGGAAUUUUGGUUAUCAUUGUAGAGUCACAAAUAGCAAAUUUUAUAUCAAGUAUUGCUGUAUAUGGUGAAUUUUAAUGGUUCAUGCUUAAGUUUGACUUCUAGUAGGAUCACAACUCCUAGAGUACCAAGCCUACAGUGAUGUUUGUUUCAAAACAAAUAUACAGUUAACAAUGUAAUUCUGACUUUAAAGAGUAGUACACAAUGUUAAAUCAUGUGUAAGUAUUGCACAAUGUGGGCCAUUUCCAAAGUAGAAAUGGGGUAAGGCAAAACUUCCCAUUUUGAGAUGUUCCUAACCCAAGGUGCUAACAGAAAAGUAGUAUUACCCCUAUUGUCUACACUUGACCCCACUUUACAUUGGAUGGCAUCCUUUCUGUGACCCUAAAACUGGCAUCGUUGUGGUUGUAAAAAGAAAGCACAAGCAUUGCUUUUGUUGCAAAAUGAAUGCUCAAUGAUCGGCCAGUUGUUGGCAUGUAAAGUAUUGUUUUUUUACUCUCAAACAGGACUGCACAACGGAACGCAGAAAGGAUGCUGUCCAGUGAAAAGGGAGUUUUAUAAAUAUAAAUACAUGUCAUCUGUUCAUGACAUAUUAAAAUAUGGCAUUGCUUAUUCAUUGCUCAUGAGCAGUGCUUUUAAUAUAGCAGUUUGUAAUAUGAAUAUUUCCUUUUGCAUAGCACAAUGCACAUACACUACUAUCUUCACUGCAUCACACUAAAAAUGUAUAUUUAUUAUUGAAGUUUUGAUAGCAUGACAUAAAUGUCAUCACAAAGACCCUUUUAUUCAGAUACAAUCUGUAAGAGACUUAUUAUUUAAGUAAUAUUUUUUCUGGAUUUAAUUCAAGACCUUCAUGAACUGUUAAGUUCUGUUCAUAAAUAAAGUUACU